AUGACAGACGCCACUGUUGGCGAAGCCUUGGUCAGAGCUCUCUCCGCUGGCAUGACUGUCAGGGUGCGCCAGGUUGGUCCUCAUCGCAUCACAACAGGCAGCAUUGCCAAGUUAUCAUCAUACGGGCCAACUUAUACCCUUGACAUUAAACCCAGCGUGCUUGCACCGGGGGAUGAUGUGCGUUCCACGUUAUACGGCGGUGGUUAUGGAGGAGUGGCGGGCACGUCCUUUGCCGCGCCGCUCGUCGCCGGCAUCUACGCUCUUGUUGGCGAGGCGCGAGGCACGUUUGACCCAGCUAUUCUUGACAGCGUUAUUAUGGGAACGGCCGAGCCGCAAUUCUCGAGUCACAGUCAUUACUCUGAGGGCGCCCAUGACUUCUUGAGUGUCGCGCAGCAGGGCGCAGACCUUGUCAAGUCCUGGGAAGCUGCUCACGCCACAACGCUUGUCGCUCCAGCUAGUUUCGCCUUCAAUGAUACGACUAAUCGUGUUUCUUCCAUUACCCUUUCUAUUAAGAAUACGGCUGAUACUACGGUCCAAUACCAACUUACACAUAUCUCAGCCAAAACUCUCUAUACUCUGGAUCAGAAUUAUACUACCAGAGGCACUGAAGAGAUUGAUGCUCCAGUCCAAAUCUCCUUGAGUGAAGAUACUAUCACGCUUAGUUCUGGAGAGUCUGAUACUAUUAUUAUCUCUGCCUCGGAUCCUCAAGGGGUAGACCUUGAGCGUUUACCCCUAUGGUCUGGCUGGAUUGCUAUUAAUGGAUCGGAUAGCACUCGGUUAACGGUACCGUAUCUCGGUCUUGCGGGGUCACUCCGCGGCGCUCCUGUUUUCACACCAGGGAUCAAGUCGGUAUUGGCUCGUGGAAGAUUUUAUGAGGGUAAUGUUGGCGAGGGCUCUACCGUGCUUUUAAGGGGCCCUCCAGAUACCACAGUCCAGCAUACUGGCUUGUCACGUCGCUCUAGGGCCCGGGUGAUACUGACCCAUUUCGUCCUGGCUCUUGGCUCACCUGAGGCUCAGAUCUAUGUUGUCCUUCUUGAUAUUUGUCCCGAUGCCGAAAUAAAGCCAAUAGCUCUAGAGCUAGACCUUAAGAGAAGUUGCGUUCCCAAGACUAGCAUUAUACAGGUAGGCGAAUUUCAGACUAUUGGUCAGAUUGCCAACUCUCCUUUCCGCUAUAUUGGCGGCCGUUCUAUGAAGGAACUUUGGGAUGGCUCUCUUUCAUCAGGCCAAUUUGCUCCUCCUGGUAGAUACAAGCUUAUGGCUCGAGCUUUAUCUAUCCAAGGAGAUAGGAAUAUUCCAUCUGACUGGCAGGUCGCUGAGACGACAGAGUUUGUUGUGGCGUAUGAAGGUACAGGUAGCGCAGGCUCCGCUUAG